AUGGAAGUUUACGUCGACAACAUGAUCGUGAAAAGCCAAGAGGCAAGAACUCAUCUUACCGACCUGGCCGAGACAUUAGCCACGCUACGCAGGUUCGGCAUGCAUCUCAACCCCGCGAAGUGCGCUUUCGGCGUCACCUCGGGAAAAUUCCUCGGGUUCAUCAUACACGAAAGAGGGAUCGAUGCCAACCCAGAGAAGGUCCAGGCAAUUGUCAACAUGCAGUCGCCUCGGACGAUCAAAGACCUGCAGCGCCUUAACGGGAGACUCGUCGCCAUGUCACGCUUCCUUGCCCUUUCGGUCGAUCGCUGCCUCCCCUUCUUCAGGGUGCUGAAGAACCCGAAGAAUUUUCAAUGGAUGGCGGAGUGCGAGGAAGCCUUCAAGCAAAUGAAGCAACACUUGGCCAGCCUCCCCCGACUUGCCUUUGUCUCUCCUGGGGAAAAGCUCGGCCUCUACUUGGCUGCCUCCCAGCACGCAGUCAGUUCUGUUCUGAUCAAAGAAAACUCCGGCGAGCAGCUACCGGUCUACUACGUCAGCCAUGUCCUAAAUGGGCCGGAGGAACGAUACCCACCGAUUGAGAAACUGGCACUGGCGCUUGUGCUAUCAGCCCAGAAGCUAUGCCCCUACUUCCAGGCUCACCCAGUGGAGGUCAUCACCAACCAACCACUUCGACAGGUCUUGUCUAAAUUUGAUGUUGCAGGACGUCUUCUCAAAUGGGCGGUGGAGCUCGGCGAGCAUGACGUACGAUACGUGCCCAGAACUGCUAUCAAAGCCCAAUCCAUGGCCGACUUCAUCGCAGAAUUAACCCAGACCGAGGACACGGAUCUGGAGCAACCUCCUGAACCAUGGGUCCUGCACGUGGAUGGGUCGGCCAACUCAAAGGGCGCCGGUGCAGGGCUAGUGCUGCGGUCUCCCGACGGACGAUCAUUCGAGCGCUCCCUUCGCUUCGGGUUUCAAGCCACCAACAACGAGGCGGAAUACGAGGCGCUCCUAGCCGGACUCAGGUUGGCCCUCGAAAUGCAAGUGGAUGCCUUACACGUCCUCACCGACUCGCAGCUGGUAGCCGAACAACUCAACGGCGGAUACGAGGCUCGGGACCCGGUCAUGGCCAAGUACCUGGCGCAGGUAAAGAACCUGACCACUAAGUUCUCUCACUUUGCAUUAUCCAAUGUUCCGAGGGGAGAAAACGAGCGAGCAGACGCGCUAGCUAAACUAGCGUCGAAGCCAGCCCCCGGAGUCCGGCCCGAGAUCGACGAGCUCCCUGCCCGUGCCAUCGAAAUCGUAGCUGCGGUCUCCGACGGCGCUCCAAUCAUGUGGGUGCAUGAGUUACUACGCUUCAAGCAGGACGGGACCCUUCCUCCCGACAAGGCUGCGGCUCGACACCUGCGUCGCACGCAUGCAUGGUACUUCGAGGUGAGUGGACGGCUCUAUAAGCGGUCCUUCACAUACCCCCUCCUACGGUGCUUGGAGCCCGACGAAGCUCAGACGGUUCUGGCUGAAGUCCACGGGGGGGUCUGCGGGGAACACAUCGACGGGCGAACCCUAGCACACAAAAUACUUCGCCAAGGUUACUAUUGGCCGACCAUGUGCCGUGACGCGAAGGCUUAUGUGCAGCGGUGCAGUUCGUGCCAAGAACAUGCCCGCACGCCCCGGCAGCCCACGAUCCCGCUCACCCCCAUCGAUUGCGCAUGGCCAUUUACGCAGUGGGGUCUGGACCUGCUCGGGCCUUUCCCACUAGCCUCGGGACAGCGAAAGUACAUCGUCGUGGGAGUGGAUUAUUUCACAAAGUGGGUCGAGGCCGAACCACUGGCCACGAUCACGGAGCGGCAAAUGGAGAAGUUCGUGUGGAGGAACCUGGUGACCCGGUUUGGCUUGCCCAAAACCAUCAUUACGGACAACGGGCCUCAGUUCGCCGGUAGAAGGUUCCGGGCGUUCUGCGCAAGCCAUGGAAUCCAACUGAGGUUUAGCUUGGUGGCUCACCCUCAGACGAAUGGGCUAACGGAAGUAACCAAUCGAUCCAUUCUAGACGGGCUCAAAAGAAGAGUGUCCGCAGCCCGAUUAGCCUGGACGGACGAACUCCCGAGCGUCUUAUGGUCGUUACGCACCACCGCCAAGACCGUGACUGGAGAGUCCCCCUACAGCCUCGCGUUUAGAACCGAUGUCGUCCUACCACCCGAGGUAGCCAUCGCCACCCUUCGGACGAGAAACUACGACGAGAAAAUCACGAACGAAGGACUUCGAGCCGGCCUCGACUUGCUCGAGGAGCGGCGUGCCGACGCGCACCUGAAGGCCCUCUCUUACAAAAGAGCUGUCGCUCGGGUUUACAACCGGAAGGUACGGCCCCGACCGAUUAAGUUAGACGACCUAGUCCUACGUAAGACCGAGGUCAGCGACUCGACCCGCGCGAGGGGGAAGAUGGCCCCCAAAUGGGAGGGACCUUAUCGGGUCGACAAAAUAGUCUGA